AGAGUGUGGCUAUGAAAUGCUAUAUACUUUAAUCCCUAAGUACAAUACUAUAAAUCAUGGCCCCCAUCGACUAGGAACUACAUAGAUGAACCCUGGAUAUAGUCAAAUGGAGUAAUAAGAUCCCUGCAGCCUGUAUUCCGAAGCCGUAGGCUCGGUGCGGAGCCGAGUAGGGGAUCCCAGUCGCCACGCGGUGCUAGUCGCUAAGGCCGGGACCGCCUCCGUGGUACAGACAGGCAUAUUGUACAUGAAUAAACACGUGUUACGGUACAUGCAUGGCUUAGGCGCAGUCCCGCGCCCUUCAGCCUUUCAGCUGUGGCUAUUAUUGGGAGUGUGGUAUUGCUCGACUUAUAGUAUAAACCGGGAAAUGGGUGUAUAUUCUAAGAUGCAAGUACGACAUCAGGCUUAUGCCAAGGAGAUGGGGUCAGAAGAGAAAGAGAUAGGAUGGGGAAAAAGGACCCUCCUCUUGGUAAAUCCCACGACCAUUCGCCGUAACCUCCCGAUGCGACAGGUUCGCCGUGGGUAUCCGUCACGUCAUAGAAUAGAUGAACUAAUAGAUAGCUCCGUUCUGUUAUUUGCGGUGGUGAGAGUGCAGCCAACUGAGUCACGCUCCCGGGGGCGUGCUACGUAAAGGCUGCGAGUAUCCGAUAUCAGCUAGCCCGUGGCAAUAUCUCAAUAUACCCACGGCCUAUCGAACAGGUUCGAAGAGAGAGACAUCAAGUUUACUAGUAAUUAGGCAGCGCCGCUAAGUAAUAGCCUCGUUCUGCCUAGGUCAGGUGAGGCAGAAGCAAUAUGUAUGCUUUUCUAAACUUGUCCCGUGGAAUGAGGGCUGGAAGAGGGGUUGGUAGUAUCGCGAUAGCAAGUAAGGCUAUGACGAAGUUAGGUGAGAUUACACUGCAUGCAACAUAGGUAGGUAACCUGGCUGUAUUGCUUAGGGGCGUACAAGGGAACUAGGAUUCUAAGGCAGCCUGGAUAUCUAUAGCAUCUUACAGAUAGUCUCAGGGAAUAGGGGGGGACACCCGUUCGUGAUACCUCCACCUCGGGCCGAUACGUAUAGCAUUGCUCCCUAAUGUGCCUUAAGGACUUUGCGAUAUGUAUGAGGUUCUAAAAAUGAAUGGGAUUUACACAUCUAGACUCGUCUUUGGAGGGGAGAAGAGGGGUUGGGUUAGGUUGGGUUGGCAAGUCCUUAACUCCCUACCCUAUCGAUAAAGGAACAAAGGUGAAAGGGGGGGAAGCAAGUGACUGGUACGAUACGCGAGUAUGAUGAG